AUGUCUGUUCUAAGACUGCACAUCAAGAAAAUGAAGGUGUUAGAGAGCAGAAGAACGAGCCAAAACCCUUCUUCUGAUUGGAUGGAAUGGGAGAAGAGGAUUUUUACGCGUUAUCACGAGGACGUUUGUGAAGCCAUGGCCUUGUUGCAAACGUAUCUGAUGAAUACGAGGCCGAGCGUGGCAUUAGGAGUGCUCGCGUUAGUCGCGAUGAGCGUUUCAUUAUCGAGUUCAACCGCCAUGGUUAAUGUCUUGAAGAUAGCAAAAGGAUUGUUGGAAGGCUGUCAUGUAUGUAUUGAUAUUGAUUUUUAG